CACGAAAUUGUUCGAUCAGACAACAAACUCCCGGCUUCAGUUCUCGAUUAAUUUAUUUCCAAACCGGAAUUAAAUGUCCAUCUUGCUCUCGCCCUGGCAGGGAUGAUCAUCGCGCUUUGAGGAAAAGUUUUGAUCGCCUUCCUGCAAUCACCUUCGCCCCAGAAUGCAAUGGCGCUACUGCCAGGCCGAGGAGGCAGCGCGGCCGACAUGGCGUCGUCAGGUUAUAGGCUCAGCUGUUCGCUAGUCGGGCACGAAAUGGACGUCCGGGGGCUGGUGGCCACCUUGUUCCCCGUAGGAGCUUUCGUGUCGGUAUCAAGAGACCGCACCGCGCGGGUGUGGGUGCCUAACGGUCCCAACAGGGGAUUUACAGAAAUGCACUGUAUGAAUGGACAUUCAAAUUUUGUGUCCUGUGUGUGUAUCAUUGCACCCAAUGACACAUAUCCUCGAGGACUGAUUGCAACAGGAGGGAAUGACCAUAACAUUUGUGUUUUCACAUUGGAUAGUCCAGCACCACUGUACAUUUUAAAAGGUCAUAAAAAUACAGUCUGCAGUCUGUCAGCUGGAAAAUUUGGUACUUUACUCAGUGGAUCUUGGGAUACAACCUGCAAAGUCUGGUUGAAUGAGAAAUGUUUGAUGACUUUACAGGGCCAUACUGCAGCUGUAUGGGCAGUAAAGAUACUGCCUGAACAAGGUUUCAUGUUGACAGGAUCUGCUGAUAAAACAGUCAAGAUGUGGAAAGCUGGUCGAUGUGAGCGAACGUUUACAGGUCAUAACGACUGUGUUAGAGGACUGGCCAUUUUGAAUGAACUAGAGUUCCUGUCUUGCAGUAACGAUGCCACUGUUCGACGAUGGCAAAUUACUGGGCAGUGUUUGCAGAUUUAUUAUGGACAUACAAAUUAUAUCUACAGCUUAUCAGUCUUCCCAAAUGGAAAAGAUUUUAUUACCACAGGGGAGGAUCGAUCCUUAAGAAUUUGGAAGAAUGGAGAAUGUACUCAAACUAUCAGACUUCCAGCUCAGUCUGUUUGGUCCUGCUGUGUUCUGGAUAACAGUGAUGUUGUUGUAGGUUCAAGUGAUGGUGUAAUAAGAGUAUUUACUGAAGCUGAUGAACGAAUGGCCUCUGCAGAAGAGAUCCAAACUUUUGAGAAUGAGUUGUCCAGCGCAACUAUAGACUCUAAGACUGGAGAUCUAGGGGAUAUAAAUAUCAGUGAUCUCCCAGGGAAAGAACAUCUUAAUGAACCUGGCACAAAGGAAGGUCAAACACGACUAAUCAGAGUUGGAGAUGCUGUUCAGGCUUAUCAGUGGAGUGUUGUUGAUGGGCGAUGGAUAAAGAUAGGUGAUGUAGUGGGUUCAUCAGGAGGAACCCAGAAGUCCUCAGGCAAAGUUCUUUAUGAAGGCAAAGAAUUUGAUUAUGUAUUUACCAUUGAUAUUAAUGAGGGUGGACCUUCAAUGAAACUGCCAUACAAUGUUACUGAAGAUCCAUGGCUUGUUGCGCACAACUUCUUGCAAAAGAAUGACCUGAACCCAAUGUUCCUAGAUCAGGUUGCGAAUUUCAUUAUUGAGAAUACAAAAGGUCAUACAUUAGGAUCGACGGGCACCGGAUUCUCUGACCCUUUCACAGGUUCAGGACGUUACAUACCAGGAAGUGGAAUGGGAACAGGUGGCACAAAUGAAGUGGAUCCUUUCACAGGAUCUGGUCGUUAUGUGCCUGGUUCUGUAACAUCUAGUGUUAAUCCUUCUGCGGGAGGUGACCCAUUUACAGGAGGAAAUGCGUAUGUUUCUGCUGAUGGUCGUGCACUCACAACAGCCAUCAGAAACCCUUACUUUCCCAAAAAAGAUCCUGUCACGUUUGAUCAGGCUAAUACAAUUCAGAUAAUAGGAAAACUAAAAGAAUUGAAUGAGAGCACUUCUGUUGAACAAAAACUGUCUGAAGAUGAUCUGCAAAUGCUUGAGAACUUUCUUUCAGUUGUAUCUAGUCCUUCUUCACAAGAGACUCCCACAGCACAACAAUUAGAGACCUUAUGGAAAGCUGCUCAGUGGCCAGAUGACAUAGUGUUUCCUGUGCUGGAUAUUCUGCGUCUGGCUGUAAGACAUCCCACAGUAAAUGAACACUUCUGCAGUGAACUCUACAGCAAACAGUUCAGCAACUACCUCUUAAACAAGAUCAAUCUACAGGGAAAACCAGCUAAUCAAAUGCUUAUUCUCCGAACAGUUUGUAACUGUUUUGCUAACCAAACACAUGGCUCAAAGCUCAUGAUGUCCUUGAGGGAGGCAAUACUCUCUCAAGCAAUUGAAAUGAGAUCAUCCAGCAACAAGAAUGUUCACAUAGCACUAUCUACUUUGAUAUUAAACUAUGCAGUAAAUCUGCAUGCAGGAAAUGAUAUUGAAGGUAAAGCAAAUUGUUUAUCCGUUAUAAGUGCAGCCAUGGAAGUCCUCCAAGAUUAUGAAGCAAUUUUUAGACUUUUGGUGGCUCUUGGGACAAUUAUAAGUGAUGAUCCAAAUGCCUUGCAACUAGCUCAGUCGUUGGGAGUUGAUUCACAGAUCCGAAAAUAUUCUUCUGUUUCAGAUCCAGCUAAAGUUGGAGACUGUUGUAGAUUUGUUCUGAAAGUGCUAUAAUGUCUAAUAAUAGAUUUUCAAGGGUUGUAGUCAAGUGCUAUUAAUUUUGAUUACAUUAUUCCUUAAACUCUGUCAAAUAAUAUAUGAGAGCUAAAGAAACUGAAGUAUUUGAUUCUUGUGAUAAAAUUGUUGCAGAAAUACAACAUACAAUAGUAACAAUAAAGGAAUUAUUAAAAUGUGAUUUAUAUUUGAAUAUCUUCUUGUGCUUUAAGAUGUUUCUCAUAAUCUAGGAUAGUGACCUUUUAUGUGUAAAAUUGCACCUGUAAACAUCUAAAUUCUCUUCAUUACUAGUUUCUAAUUGAAAUUACACCUUUAUUCAUUGGUACUUUGAGAGUGCUAUUUAUAUUUCUAAGCUUGUUUCAUUUUGCAGGAAUUCUUACCUUCUUUGUAAACAAUCGGUAUGGGUUUGUUGGACAUGAAAAUCCCAUUAACUGACAUUAAGACUCCUAAAAUAGAUUAAGCAUUUACCCUCUGUUCCUCCCAUGAUGUAUUUUAUAGAUAAUGGAACUCAUCAGGUAACAAGAGUAACUGGUUUUAACUGUACGAUAUGAAUAACUAAUGCUAUAUUUACUAUUUUUUUUCCUGCAUUUGAGCUUCAAGGAAAAGUAUAAUUUUUAUGCAGAAAAUAUAUUUGAAAGGCAGGUUUAAUCACAGAAAAUGUUUUUUUUUAAAUAUAUAGUUUGCUUCAUGUGCUCUUCUAGAGUUGGGUUCCUCCAAAUUAAUUCUUGAGCUCAUCCAGCGUGGGAUUCCAUUGUUUUCAUUAGAACUGAUCCAGACUCACCUUGUUAAGAUGUUACCAAUAAAAUUUAGUAGAUUUUCCCAAGGAAAAUAAAGAUUCUAUAUGUUCAUUUUAUGCCCAAAUACAAGUUAGUGCUUAAAAAAAAAACUGAGGUUCUGUCCCAGUUCUUAACUUGUGACUAAUAAAAUUAACCCAGUUAACUAGACACAGUAGAAAUCAUUCUUGUAGCCAAAAGCUUUUUGCCAAAUUGCGAUCAUCACAUGACAGUGUCUGAAUGUACAGUUGGAAUACUCUUACCAUGCUGACAGAUCCAUUAGCAGAAAUUAAUUUCUCAAGUGGCUCCACCUUCAAGUGACUUGAUCUUAUCAGAGAUGAUGUUCCAGUGUAUUUAUUAUGAGAUCAACAAGGCUGACGCUUAUAAUCUCUGUACAUUUUUUGUGUUUAACUGUGGGCUGUAAUUGUAAUUAUUCUAAAACCAUAUGAACAUAAAACCUCAGUCUGGCCAGCUGAAAUUGACAGAAUACCAUUAAAUUUAUGUUCCUCAAGGAAUUUAUAUGCUUAUGAAUUA